AUGCGCCACGUCUCUUCGUCUCGGAGUCCUGAUUGCCCGUCGUCGUCGUCGUUGUCGUUGUUUGAUGGUCCCAGUGGCAGUAUUGAAUGGAAGAGGAUGCAGGACUUUCAAGAGAUGGCUACAAACGAAGAGCUAGUGGGAUCCGAAUUGAACUUGGACGUGGAGGAGAAGCAGCAGCGCAGCGAUCGUGUGGAUGAUGCUGCAGCUGGCGAGCCGACUGCUGCGCUCUGUCGCUUUUUUGUACUGGGCAAGUGCAUCUAUGGCAGUCGCUGUACGUUUUCACAUACGCUGCCUCACCUUGUGAGCGACUGCACGGCUGAUGAAGAAGAGCGCCUGUCGGCGGCGGCCGCACUUGUAGACUGUCCGUUUUUUUUGCGUGGCAAGUGUAAGUUUGGCGAGCACUGUCGUCUUCGACAUGAUUCAAUGAUGCUGUCACGACCGUCAGCUGCCACUUGCUCUGCAGUGUCGAGACCUGCGGCGGUUUCUACUACUUUCCCUGACAACGAGCAGGAGUUUACAUGUGGCAUCUGCUUUGACGAUAUCGUACAGUCUGGCAAACAUUUUGGACUACUAAGCUGCAAUCACUGUUUUUGCCUGGAAUGCCUGCGUUCGUGGAGGCAGUCGAAGGAAAUGGAGCUCGUUCGAGCGUGUCCAGCUUGCCGUUUUCCGAGUGACUAUAUUGUGCCGUCACUCACAUUUUGCAUCGGUGAAGAGAAGCGCAAGGUUGUUGAGGCGUAUAAAAGCCACUUGGCGUUGCGCGAGUGCAAAUACUUUAACGGCCUCCUGGGUAGUUGUCCAUUCGGACCCCGUUGCUUUUAUGCGCACCUUGACGCGAGCGGUCGUGACGUGAAGCAGUUGGAUCGUCCUAAACAACGGACGAAACAACAACGCAGUCGACGCGAUCACGAAGAUGGCGAUGCAAUGCUGCAGUCGCUGCUUGAACGGUACAACCACCUUUUCCACUUUUUCGAAGACGGAGACACGAACGACAGUAGCGACUCGAACGACUUGGGGGACUCGGAGGAGGACUCUAUCGAGGCAGGGUUUUCCGACAAUGAGUACGACACAGAAUGA